GGCCUCUCCUCAGCCCGCCGCCCCUCCCCCGCCUCAGCGCCUCCUGAGGGAAGAAUAUGGUCGCCCGCCAUGGAGCCGCCCAGGCCAGACUGCCCGUUCCAGCACUUAAUUGAGGUAUUGAAGGACAGUACAGGAAAGAAGUUCUACAAUGUUGCUAAACUUGAAGGCACCAAAUAUGAUCGCCUGCCUUACUCCAUACGGGUACUGUUGGAAGCUGCAGUUCGUAACUGGGAUGGUUUCCUAGUGAAAGAAAAAGACGUGAUGAAUAUCUUGGAAUGGAAAACAAAACAGAACAAUGUUGAAGUGCCCUUCUGUCCUGCCAGAGUUCUCCUCCAAGAUUUUACUGGAAUUCCUGCAAUGGUAGAUUUUGCUGCUAUGAGGGAAGCUGUGAAAAAUCUUGGAGGAGAUCCCACAAAAGUUCAUCCUGCCUGCCCAACAGAUCUCACCGUGGACCAUUCUUUGCAGAUCGACUUCAGCAAAUGUGCAAUACAGAAUACUCCCAACCCUGGAGGUGGUGAUCCGCAAAGGCCGCCAGCAAAACUUUCUCCGCUUAAGGCGCCUCGGAAGCUUCCGUGCCGGGGCCAGGCCAGCUGCAGAGGGCCGUGCGACAGCGAAUCGAGUCGCAACUCGGGGCCGCUUUCUGUGCAGAUUGAGAACACGCCUCUGCUGUGUCCUUUUCAUCUUCAGCCAGUGCCUGAGCCUGAAACAGUGUUAAAAAACCAGGAGGUGGAAUUUGGUAGAAACAGAGAGAGACUCCAGUUUUUCAAGUGGAGCUCCAAAAUGAUUGAGAAUGUCUCAGUAAUUCCUCCUGGGACAGGAAUGGCCCACCAGGUGAACUUGGAGUAUUUGUCCAGGGUGGUGUUUGACGUUAAAGAUUUCCUCUAUCCAGACAGCGUUGUUGGCACUGAUUCCCAUACAACAAUGGUAAAUGGCUUAGGGAUCCUGGGAUGGGGUGUUGGUGGAAUUGAAACAGAAGCGGUCAUGCUUGGAAUGCCAGUUACUCUGACCUUGCCCGAGGUGGUUGGAUGUGAACUGACUGGCUCAGCCAGCCCUCUUGCCACAUCAAUAGACAUAGUCCUCAGCAUUACUAAGCAACUAAGGCAAGCAGGAGUGUCUGGAAAAUUUGUGGAGUUCUUCGGGUCUGGUGUUUCCCAGCUCUCAGUAGUCGACCGAACCACGAUAGCAAAUAUGUGUCCAGAGUACGGUGCUAUUUUGAGCUUUUUCCCUAUUGAUAAUGUGACGCUCACGCAUUUAAAACACAGAGGCUUUGAAGAGGCGAAGCUUAAGUCUAUGGAAACCUAUCUUAAAACUGUGAAACUAUUUAGAAAUGAUCAGCUUUCCACAGAAGAACCUACAUACUCCCAGACUAUACAAAUAAACCUGGGUUCUAUAAUGCCGUAUGUCAGUGGUCCCAAAAGGGCACAGGACAGAGUGGCCGUUACAGAUAUGAAAAGUGAUUUUCAGGCAUGCUUAAAUGAGAAGGUUGGUUUUAAAGGCUUUCAGAUUCCUACUGAGAAGCAAAGUGACGUCGUUCCAAUUGAAUUUGAAGGAAACGAGUACAAGCUGGCUCAUGGGUCGGUCGUCAUUGCGGCCGUGAUCAGCUGCACCAACAACUGCAAUCCCUCUGUAAUGCUAGGAGCAGGCUUGUUGGCCAAAAAAGCCGUUGAAGCUGGACUGACGGUUAAACCUUAUAUAAGAACUAGUUUGUCACCUGGCAGUGGAAUGGUCACGCACUAUCUCAGUUCCAGUGGAGUAUUGCCGUACCUCAAGGAACUUGGAUUUGAUGUCAUUGGCUAUGGAUGUUCCACAUGCGUUGGGAAUACCGCCCCUUUGCCAGAAACUGUUCAGAAUGCAAUAAUGCAGGGUGACUUAGUUGCUUGCGGAGUUUUGUCUGGGAACAAAAACUUUGAAGGCCGCCUCUGCAGCUGUAUCCGUGCCAACUACCUUGCUUCUCCGCCUUUAGUUAUUGCUUAUGCCAUAGCAGGGACUGUAAAUACUGAUUUCCAGACUGAACCAUUAGGGAUCAAUCCUGCCGGCAAAAGCAUCUUCUUGCGUGAUAUUUGGCCCAGUCGAGAAGAGCUUCAGCAAGUGGAAGAAGAAUUAGUAAUAUCGUCCAUGUUUAAAGAGCUGAAGGAGAAAAUGGAGAAAGGAAAUAAGCGAUGGAACUCUCUGGAAACACCGGAGUCUGUUUUAUUUACGUGGGAUUGGAAGUCCACCUACAUUAGAUGCCCUUCUUUUUUUGAUAAUCUUGCCAAAGAACCACUUCCGCUUCAGUCCAUUGAAAAUGCAUAUGUCUUGUUGCAUUUGGGAGAUUCAGUCACAACCGAUCACAUCUCGCCCGCCGGGAGCAUUGCAAGAGGAAGCGCUGCUGCCAGAUACUUGUCAAACAAAGGCCUCACACCCCGCGAAUUCAACUCUUACGGCGCUCGGCGAGGUAAUGACGCUGUGAUGACGAGAGGUACCUUUGCAAACAUCAAGCUGUUGAAUAAAUUCAUUGGGAAGCCGGCUCCUAAAACGGUUCACUUUCCAACAGGGAAGACGAUGGAUGUAUUUGAUGCAGCAGAGGCCUAUCAGAAAGAGAACAUCCCUUUGAUUAUCUUGGCAGGUGCAAAGUAUGGUCUAGGGAACUCAAGAGACUGGGCUGCCAAAGGACCUUUUUUACUGGGUGUGAAAGCAGUUAUUGCAGAAAGCUAUGAAAAGAUCCACAAAGGGCACUUGAUUGGGAUUGGCAUUGCUCCGCUUCAGUUUCUCCCUGGGGAAAAUGCAAAUUCUUUGGGCCUGACUGGCAAAGAACAGUUUUCUAUCUUCUUUCCUCAAAAGCUAGCUCCUGGAAUUGCCCUAGACGUAAAGACAAAUACUGGAAAAAUAUUCCGUGUGAUUGCCUCCUUCGACAGUGAAGUGGAAAUAACAUUAUACAGACAUGGCGGCGUUCUCAACUAUAUGGUCCGAAGACUCUUGUAGAGCCCGGCUUGACACCCCAAGAGGCCAGCCCGGUGAUGGCUCAUCCCUCCCUCCGCUAUUGAUGGAUCUGCAUAUGGCCCCCGCCACACUCGGAUACUUCGUCCUGGAUGUAAAAGAUUGUGAAUCGUUGUAGUGACUGCAGCAAGAUCCUUCCCAUUUUGUUUUGUUUUUUUAAAAAAAUAAUACUCAAAUGGUGCUAUUGACAUUGCUAAAAAUUGACGUGUGUCGUGGAAGAGAGCUUGUAAGUAUGGGGGGGCGGGGUUGGCUUGGGCCACUUUGUAAAUAAACAGCGUAAAACUGAAACUGAAUUGUGAUGAAGAUUUUAAGCCGGACGUUUUUUCUGAUGUUAGCUUUUUCUUUCUCCCCCCCCCCCCCCCCGCCCUCCCAGUUAUUGAACCUUCUCAAGUUUUCCUGUCGCUGUUUGUUGGUUUGAGGGCAGCAUGUGGUUUGAAACAUGAAAGCCCUGCAGCUUCCUUAAUUCAGACACCCAAAUAUUCUAAACUUUCCAAGUGAGACUUGUGUCAAGCCUGCCAGCCAUAGACUAGAAGGCUGAAGGGAGCCAGAAAUGAGGUUCAGAGUCUCUCUGUCCUCUGAUGCCUUAAAAUAUUUCAGAAAAUUACAUUCAGAAAACAACAAAGCUCACAGUUCCCACUGCACCAUAGGAAAUUAAUCCUAUCAAAGUUCUUUUUUCCCUCCCUCUCUCCCUUUAAAGCAUUCCAUAUCUUUUAAAAACAGAUUUAUUUUCAAUUUGGUUUAUAGCGCAUUUUAUAGCAGGGAGUAAUCCUUAAUUUGAGAAUCAUCUAGAAUGGCAGAUGCUCACAGCAGUCUCUGCCUCAUUUGAUGAGGGUGUCUGCCCUCAGAAAUCACCCUUGGUAAUUAAAGUUGGCUCAACAUACUGGAUACAGAACAGGUUUGUGUGUGUGUGUGUGUGUUUUUAAACCUUCAUACAGUAGAUUAUGCUUCUUGUGAAUAUUAUACUCCCAUAAAAAUACCGAGUUAAUGAAUAAACAUUUAAUUUGGACAAAUAUUAAAUUAUGAAAUUGUACCUGAACAGCUUUGGAAAUAUUGUGAUGGAGGGAAAAUAUUAAAGGAUAUGAAUACCUCUUCUGUACAAGCCUUCUGAAAUCCUGGUUGCUUUUUCUAGUUAAAGGAUGUGAUAAAGAGACUUUGGAGGGUUUUUUGUGAAAUUUCAGAUUGGGGGACAGAUUUCCUGUAAAGGUUUUAGAAUGCACUAACUUUUACCCAUAUCAGCUGCACUGUUACGUUUUUAAUUACAAGUAAACACUUUUAAUCAAUUUUUCUGUGAAUACACUGACAUGUUGAAACUUGUGCCUCCUAACUUCCGCCAUUGGUUGUCUGAAUGAAUGAAUGAAGUAUUUGAAGAAUGCAGUUCUAUCCUGGCAGUUACCUAUAGCAAGCAUUACUGAGCAGACUUCAAUUUAUGACAAUACCUAAAUGCAUCUUUUCCAACCUGGUGAAAUCUUCUCUCUGUGCUUGCUCCAAGGAUCCUCAAAGUGUGCCUUCAUCAGGGGCAUGCUGUUUUCUAGUACUAAACAAUAACUGCAGAGCCCUAAAACUCUUGCUUGAAAACACUUGGUGUAUCUAAAUGGUAUGCUUGGAGUUGAUGUGCAGGCUUCCACAGAUUAUGCCUUGGGAGUGAGGCAGGCACUACAAAAAAUCUAACAGUAUUGUGAAUUUAAAUACAACCAGAUGCUUUCGUGUAUGCCCAUAUAUUGAUACUUGAGUUCCUUAAAACAGCCCAGUUUCAUUUGCAACACGAUCGCUUUGUUCUGGGAAUGGAAGUCAGUGGCAAGAGAGUAGUUGUAACCCCAAAAGUACACAGCCUACCCUUGCUGAUUUUGUGGGAUUCUGAAAACUUCAGGUUGUCUUGGUGGUCCCCCCCCCUUUCAGUUUCCUCCCACAAGUAUAAUAAGUAACACAACCUUUUGAAGGAAGUGGUAACAUUGGAUUGAUCUUCCAGGUUAGAAAACUGCCAGGAAUAGGCAAACCCUUCUGGAGAUUGGCUGUUUUCAGAUUUGGGAGCAGACAGGGAGUAAUUCCAGGUUUGUUGACUCCCCAUGAGUUUGGUAGGCAUUUCUUCAGAAAAAGCAUGCAUAGGUUAGAGUUUGCACGUCUCAGAUUUCAGUUGGCACAGCUCACUGGAUGAGUUUUAAUGAUUCCCCCUCUUCCCCAUAUCUGGCUAAAAUGAGCUUUAGUCUUGGUACACAAGAGGUAACAAAAAGAAGGGAGACGAGAUUGUGCUUUGUUUUUCUGAGGGGUGAAGCAGCUCUUCAUCUGGACCUGUUGGUUUGGGAAUUUUAUCCACUUCCUAGCUGCUGUGUUUAGGGAGAUGUCAUGAGAGCAAUCUCUGAGCGGGAAGCAUAUUUUGUUCUCAAGCUUUAUUUCCAGCAUCAUUAGGAAGAGAGAAAUUUGUAUUCUUAAAACACCCAGCCACCACCAAAUCUGGGACAGUGUUUAUAAAUCUUGCAAAGGACAAAUAAAUGCAUAUUGUACUCGCAUUUAAGCAACUGCAAAUUUAACGUCUGCUCUUUUAAGCCAACAAACCAGUAUAAUAGUUUUAAGUUCACUAAUAAGUAUUGUAUAGAAAUCUCGAAUGACAAAGUUCAAUUUGCUGACAACUGUGCAUAAAAUGUUAACUGAUGUAAAUUAUUUUUUAAUAAAGAAAGUUGUUCCAUGUGCA